UUGCCCUCUGCACCAAUGGGCGUGCAGGAAGGCGGGGCCUGCGACGAAGCAGCAUGCAGUGAUAUGCGGUGUUGGAGGAGAGAGGAGGAGAGGAGAGGAGGGGAGAAAAGAGGAGAGGAGAAAGCACAGGAGCAGCAGCCAGACAGACGCUUGCACAGAGCACACAGCCGCCCCCUCUCAACGCUGAACAUCGAUCGUUGCCGAGCGGCGGACAUUCCAGAGGACAUGACAUCAGAAUUCUCUGUCAGACUGUACCAUCAGCUGCAGGCGACGGGUGGUCAAGACAAUAUAAUUUUCUCCCCCCUGAGUGUGGCCCUGGCCCUGGGCAUGGUGGAGCUGGGGGCCAGGGCGGCGUCACUUGAGGAGAUUCGACGCGCCAUAGGAUUUGACAACCUGCUGCCAGGGGCGGAAUUCUCUUUGCUCCAGAACCUGACGGCAGCGCUCUCUGAAGAUGACACCCAGUACACGGUCCACUUGGCCAACCGUCUCUACCUUCAAGAGGGCAUCGUUUUCAACCCUGAGUUCCUCCAUCUGAUGAAGAAGUUUUUCGGAGCCAACGUAGACACCGUUGACUUCAGCGAAUCGGCGGCUGUGGCCGAGCAGAUCAACAGCUGGGUUGAGAAUCAUACAGAGAGUAAGAUCCGCGACCUUCUAUCCGCCGAGGACUUCAGCAGCGCGACUCGUCUGGCCAUGGUCAACGCCAUCUACUUCAGAGGCUCCUGGAAAAAUCAGUUCAGGCCGGAAAACACCAGAACCUUCUCCUUCAGCAGAGACGAUGGGUCGGAAGUCCAGACGCUCAUGAUGUACCAACAGGGAGACUUCUACUAUGGUGAGUUCAGUGAUGGCUCCCAGGAAGCUGGCGGUGUUUAUCAGGUCUUAGAGAUGCCGUACGACAGGGACGACACGUCCAUGAUGAUCGUUCUGCCUCGGCAGGAAGUGCCGCUGGCUUCUCUGGAGCCAAUCAUCAAGGCGCCGUUGCUGGAAGAGUGGGCCAAUAACGUCAAACGGCAGAAGGUGGAAGUCUAUCUGCCCCGGUUCAAAGUGGAGCAGAAAAUGGACCUUAAAAAUACUCUGCAGGCGCUCGGAAUAAAGAGCAUCUUCACGAAGGAUGCUGAUCUCUCUGCCAUGACAGAUGAGAAGGAGGUUUUCAUUGGCAGGGCAGUGCAAAAAGCCUACCUGGAGGUGACUGAGGAGGGAGCAGAGGGAGCUGUCGGAUCAGGAUUGAUCACCCAGACCAGGACUCUGGUGCUAUACCCACAAGUCAUGGCUGAUCACCCGUUCUUCUUCAUCAUCAGAAAUCGGAGAACAGGGUCCAUCCUCUUCAUGGGCAGGGUCCUGACCCCUGAAGUCAUCGAGCCUAAUGACCAUGACGGUGACUCCAUAUAAACCCCGGCGUGAUGUCACUCAUUCUCAGCCAAUCAGAUUAAUCCCAUUUAUCAUCAAGACAUGAAAUAUUGAUUAUCCUAUCUACUUGCUGUACUGUAUAUUGAGAAAAGACAAACGUGUUUUGAUACAGAAAGCUCUAUGGAUAUAGACACACUAACUCACUGAGGAUUAAGUGUUAAAUAUUCUCUAGUUAUGUAAUGGGGAGUAUUCUAUGCGAGUACACAUGAUAUUCAUACAGAACCACAUUAUAGUUUAUCACAAAAAUCCACACGAACAGUUGAUUUCCUUCUUUUUUUUUUUUAAACAUCCUGACAUAUUUGUAGCUUGUGUUUCCCUUUAAAUAUAUUUAACACAGUAUUCUAUAUAUGGUCAGUAUGUACUGUGGCUAAAACAUGCUCUCGCACGUCUUAGUAAUGAACAUCCGGCAGACCAUAAUCUUGUUGUUGUGUUUUUUUCUACACCUUGCCAAGAUGGGGUGAGUGAAAAGUUGCCAAAGAGACCAACCGAGGGUUGCUGGCACACUCACAAAAGUCCACUACGCCCAUUUUUGGUUGUACAUACUUAAGGAGUAACAAUAAAAACAGCUGUAUACACUCUUAUAACUCAAUAAAAAGACAAAUUAUCGUAAUCUUAAA